AUGUACAAAUCUAUCGAAAUACCGCAGUUGGAGCUUAAAGUGAAGCAGCCAGUAGGGCUGUUCAUCAACAACGAGUUCGUCAAAUCUUCCGAUGGAGAGACCAUCGAGAGCAUCAACCCGUCCACCAACAAGAGGAUCACCUCCUUCUAUGCUGCUUCGGAGGAGGAUGUCGACAGUGCGGUGCAGGCUGCCAGCGCUGCUUAUCGGAAGGUCUGGUCCAAGACAAGCCCAGCGGACAGGAACAAGUUGCUGUACAAGCUCAGCACGCUGAUUGAAAGGGAGAAGACCACACUGGCGGCGUUGGACGCCAUUGAUGCCGGUAAACCUUACCACAGCAACGCUUUACAGGACAUUGAGCAGGUGCUGGAUUUGACCAGGUACUUUGCCGGGUCUGCCGAUAAGUACACCCACGGUGAGGUCAUCCCGCUAAACGACGAGAAGUACGCUUACACAAUCAAGGCCCCCUUUGGGGUUGUUGCUCAGAUUGUGCCCUGGAACUACCCAUUUGCGAUGGCAAGUUGGAAAAUGCAAGGUGCGCUGGCCGCAGGGAAUUGCAUUAUCAUCAAACCCGCUGACAACACGUCACUGUCGCUACUCUAUGCUGCUCAAUUGUUCAAAGAGGCAGGUUUCCCACCUGGGGUGGUCAACGUUUUGCCAGGGUUGGGCAACGUUACGGGGACAGCGCUGUGCAAACACCCUCGGAUCUCCAAAAUUUCGUUCACUGGGUCCACUGCGGUCGGUGGGAAAGUGCUGGAGUCAUCGGGGCAGUCCAACUUGAAGGACGUCACUUUGGAGUGUGGGGGAAAGUCCCCCGCUGUUGUAUUUGCGGAUUGCGAUUUGGACAAAGCGGUGGAAUGGACUGCUUCAGGGAUAUUCUACAACUCUGGUCAGAACUGCACUGCAAACUCGCGUAUCUACGUUCAAGAGGCAGUCUAUGAUGAUUUCUUGAAGCGGUUCAGGAAGCACGUCUCAGAAACUUGGACUUUUGGCUCCAAGUUCGACGUGUUUGACCCGGAGUGCACUGUGGGACCAGUCGUAUCCGAGACGCAGUUCAAGAGGAUCCAUGCCAUGACCAAUGCCGAGCAGUGCACUGACGAUGACAACCCUAGCGAGUGGGUCAAGACUCAGACCUGCGAAUACCCAACGGAAUCGCAGUCGAAGGGGUUCUUCAUUCCGCCAACUAUCUUCACAAACGUGAAGCAGUCUUCUUCUUUGAUGCAGAAUGAAAUUUUCGGUCCAGUGGUCGUCGUUGCACCCUUCAAGGAAUACGACGAAGCAAUUGAACUGGCUAACGAUUCUGAUUACGGUCUUGCGUCCGCGGUGUUCACCAAAAAUAUUACCACUGCACACCGCUUCGCACGCGAUAUUCAGGCCGGGACAUGCUGGAUCAACUCUUCAAACGACGAGGAUGUGACCGUACCCUUCGGCGGGUACAAAAUGAGCGGGAUCGGCAGAGAGUUGGGCGCCGCUGGGGUGGAAACGUACCUACAAACCAAGGCUGUCCACGUAAACCUGGAGUAA